AUGAGGGUGUUUACUUGUUACUUUUGCUCCGGUCCAGUUUAUCCUGGACAUGGAAUGAUGUUUGUUCGAAAUGAUUCAAAAGUCUUUCGUUUUUGCCGUAGCAAGUGCCAUAAGAACUUUAAGAUGAAGCGCAAUCCUCGUAAGGUUGCCUGGACCAAGUCUUACCGUAAAGCUCACGGUAAAGAAAUGGUUUAUGACAAGGCAUUGGCUGUCUCGGCUGCUCGUAGAAACGUUCCAGUCCGUUACGACAGAAACGUGGUGGCUACUACUUUGACAGCCAUGAAACGUUCUGCUCACAUUCACGCCAAGAGAGAGCGCAUGUUCGUCAAGAAGAGAUUGUCUGGAAAGAAAUCCCAGCAAUUGUCGGAAGCUCAAAAAUUGGUGGGCCAGAACGUUCCUCAAUUUGCCGAGAAGGAGACUGUGGAAGAAAAAGAACCAAGCGAGCCUCAAGAAGCACAAGUUGUUUCCGACGAAGAAUAUGCCAUGGACGAGGAGCCUGCCGAAGCAGUCAAGGUUCCCGUUGCAGCUACCAAAAAACGUAAAAACAAAAAGUCACGCGGCGAAGGCGCAAUGGACAUGGAUUAA